AUUGGGCAGGGAGCCAGUUGUUAGAAAGUCGGUGUCUUGACAAUCAUAUACACAACUGCUUGGAGAAGGUGAUGGGAAGGCGGUCGGAUGGGGGUGGUAGGGACGACAGUUUCGCAGUCGAUGUCGAUGAACGGAGGGGUCGACACGUUUGGGCAGAACAUCGGCAGCAGCUUCGUGGAGGUUGUGAAGACCUGACAAUGAGGGGGGUUCGGCGGCUGCACAUGGGCGGAAGCGACGCAGAGAAAGAGGCGGCGGUGAAAGUAGUCGACUACGAAGACGUCGACGACGAAGACGACACUGUGGACAUUCAGCCAUUGGGCAAGAAGUCCAUGGGUGGUCGGGGAACAAGCAAGAAGGAUUCUGCCUCGCAGGACGACGAACCAAGAAAUCAGCAGAUGCGGGGAGCAACGGUGAAGGCGACGUCGAUCGGGAGGGUGGGAGGAACUUCUGUCGCCUUCAAUCGUCGUGAUGGCGCUGGCCGUGUCAAGAAACACAGCAGCAACCCCACUGCCAAUCCCGUCGUGGAGAGGAAAGGUCGCCACGUGUUAAGGGGGAAAAAGGCACGUGUUGACGACACUUUUGGCAGCGAUGGAGCGGGAGUUAGGGACAACGUUCUUCCACAAGCGACGUCGAGGUGGUGGAUGAAAAGGAGGACGGGUGGUGCGUGGGAGGAUCUCAAGCAAUGCGACAACGCGAUGGGGGAGUACUUCCGAGAGAAGCUGUGUAUGUCGCCACGUGUCUUUCGGGAGAUCGCUGAAGCAUUGUCGCCUCAUCUGCAGACGCGUGUGACGUUCUACAGGGAGCCACUGAAGCCUGAUCACAUCAUCGCUUAUGCGUUAUACAGGUGGGCAUUGGGGGAGACAUAUGAAAGUAGCACAUGCAAUUUCAGGAUCGUGAGAGCUUCUGGGCUGUUGGCGAUACGGGACGUAACGGCGACACUGUUGACGGUGUAUCGGGAGAAGAUAUCAUGGCCGACGGGGGUGCGCAAUGGGACGAAUGACCAACGUCGCUUUCGAUUAGGAAAGGUGCAUGCGCUGGGAGAUGUCGUGGUAUUAGACGUAAACAUCUACGAUGUCCUUUUCGGGCUUCCCGCUCUAGUGGCGUUGCGAGCCAAUUUGGACUUAGAGCGACGGUCGAUUAUCCUCCGCAAUAUGGGAGGAAAACCCUAUGUUGUACCUAUGAGGCUGACUCUUCGUACUACCAUCAACGCAGUCCCGCGAAUUUCUCCGAUGAUGGUGGGAACUCUUCGCAUGAUCACCUGGGAAAACUCCACAAACGAUGAGCCGUCAUUGAAGGAUGCGGAUAGCAGUGACGAAAAUGAUCCGGAAAUUCAGAAACUAGCACGACAGCGCAUUUAUUACCCGCCGCCCAGAACGAUCGCAAGAACGAUGCAUCUAACGAGUCGGAACGUACAAAGGACCCAGGCAAUGAUUUUGGGUGAACCCCUCGUACAGAUCUCGAGGAUGGUCGAUUCUUUGGAACCCUCUCGGACCCUGUACGAAGGAACGGUCCCUCUUCUCGCACGAUACAAUGACAAGAGAUCUUUUUGCGACAUCACGGGCCUACCACGAUCCCUAUUGUCACCCACAAAAGAAGGACAAUUGCUACGCCUGGGGGCGGAGGCCAGCUCUUUGGAACCCCCUGAGCGUCUCGAGGCAGAAUCAGACAAGUUCAGAAUCAAUAUCGCGACUAAACCCGUACCGUGGCAAGAUAUCUGCGAUGGAAUCACCCCGGAAGGACAUGUGGCCAUCCGGGAGGAAGACGCCCAGAUGAUGGCCACGGUGUUCUCUUGGCGAUCGGACCAUUCGUUUAUCUCUGCGCCACCACCCGAGGUGGCGAAACAAGCACGCACGAAGCAGAUCGACGUACGGAUCUGGGACCAGUCUUAUGAAUUGCACGUUCCGCAGUACGUACCUGAUGAGAUUCAUCGUUUGAUUGAGGACAUUCUGACGGAAUAUCAGGGAGCGAUUAGCGUUAUGGAUACUGGCAUCGGCUUGUCGUUGGUCAUACAACAUGAAAUUCAAACGGGGAACCAUUCCCCAAUUCAUUGCAAGCCCUACCGUUACUCCCUGGUAGAACGAAAAAAGGCUCUUGAACGGAUUCGGGAAUUCGAAGCAAGCGGUUGGAUCGAACCUGCCACUGGACCAUGGUCAUUCCAAGUAGUAUUAGUACCGAAGAAGAACGGAUCGAUCCGCAUAUGCAUCGAUUAUCGCAAACUGAAUGACAUCACGAGUAAAGAUGUGUAUCCCCUCCCCCGGAUUGAUGAUUUGUUGGAUGCGAUUGGAUGUGCUAAUUAUUUCAGUAAGUUUGAUAUUUGGCAUGGCUUCCAUCACAUCCUGGUUAAGGAGGAAGAUCGGCCAAAGACGGCCUUCGUGUUGUUCGAAGGCACGUGGCAGUGCGUUCGAUGUCCAAUGGGAAUUUGCAACACGCCUGCCACAUUUCAGCGGGCCAUGAACGUGACGUUCCAGAACUUCGUCAACAAGAUACGAUUAACACAGGGGAUGAUUAACUUCUGCGUCAUCGUGUACAUGGACGACAUCCUAGUUUAUUCGGAGACCUAUCACGGCCAUGCGCAACAUAUUAGCAGGCCCUUACGCUACCUAGGGGAAAAGGUAGCUGCUUUCCGAGCGGAGGACGUGAGCGACCCGUUGACCCUAUUUCACGGACGCCCUCCUCUUGAUAUCACGGGUGAGCUGGUGGUAGCACGGGACGGGUUUUUCCCGUACGGCGUUAGGAGCCUGCGGGCGAUAGUUCCGACGUUCGUAGUAGAGAGCGUCAUCGGAGGUAUUGGUGGAGUGGUCGAGACAUACCUGGCCUAUCAGGAUCUCAAGAUCCUGGCGAGAAGGCCUGCCGACCUAGACUACAUCUAUUAUUCGCUUGCGAUCGGUGGGCCUCGUUGGGGAGACGAGAGGGUUCAGCUUAUAGAGCUGAUCCGCUCGAUAGACGACGAGUGGCCCCAGUCUUCGUGCGCGUGGGAUUGGCUAGACCGUGAGCUCCGAGCAGGCCCCGAGUACGUGAAUCGCAUCGGGCGGCUCUUCUCAGACGACUGGGGGAGCUGGUGGAGUGAGGACGCCGGGCGACCUCUGAUAUACGGCCAUCAGUUGACGGAAUACUACCAGGCCAUAGGACAGGCGCCAUACCGCGUCGAGGACGAGUUUGACGACGAGGGUUGGGAGCGAGAGGACGACGAGGAGCUAUGGGAACCAGACUGGGUCGACCCAGAGAGUGAGGUUGACGAGGAGGAGAUUGACGAGGAGGAGAUUGACGAUAUAGACGCCCAUUUUCCCAGGAUAGGAGCAAUAGCGGAGGAAGAGGAAGAAGAAGAGGAGGACGACGAGGAAGAAACUCCCGAAGAGGGGACUUACAACGAACACAGCGAAGGGGAGCAAAGUGAGGAAGAGGAAGAAGAAGAACAAGACGACGAAGAGGAGGAGCUAGAGUUGGAGGAGUCGGAGUGGGAAAUCUCGGCGGAGGAAGGAGAGCAAGCGGGUGCACAGGCGGAAGACCCCGAGGCGGCACACAAGAGAGAAGAGAUCGAGGCCGGAAAACGACAGCUGGAUUUCGCCAACGGAGCCAAUCAGCAGGUCGCUGACGAUCCGGCCCGAGAUCCAGAGCCGCCCAAGCCCGAGGAUGGGGACCCAGCUGUGCAUUGCUUGGAAGUGUUGCAUGCCUUGCCCGAGCACAGGACUCGGAUCUCAGAGAGUGGACUGUUACCUGGUGGAUCGCCACGUGUGCUCUUGAUUACAGCGAGUCAACCAGGCUGCGGUACUAAAUAUGGAGAUUACGUCACGAUGUGUGCGCUCAAAAACAAAGUUGAUUAUGCCCGUCGGCACGAUAUUGACGUCUUUUUCUCGUUGGAGAAGUAUGUAUCUGGUGGCCAUCGGGUUGAUGGCCUUCACAACAAGAUUUUCGUCAUCAACAAUACAAUGGUCAAUCGCCCGGGCUACGACUGGUAUAUCUGGAUGGAUUCCGACACACUUAUCAUGGACAUGGAUUUCUCCAUCCCUUGGUCCAAGUAUGAGGGCAAGAGUUUGGUCCUAUGGGGCAACCAUUCUGAGUUUGACAAAGUUAUUGCCGGUGCCAAUUACCUUUCCAUAAACUCAGGGGUUAUGUUCCUCAGGAACAACGAUUUCACACAGUCGCUCUUUAAGUCAAUGUCCAAGAUCUGGACUAAGGGUUUUAAGGAAGCUGGUAACUUUCUUGCGCAAGUCGUUCAGGACAUGCCUCCAUAUGCCAGUGACCAGUCCACCCUUAUGUAUCUUCUUGCCACUGAACCGGACAAGUGGCGGAAAGGGACACAGUUCGUUUUCGACGAGUACAGCAUCAACUUUUAUUGGAAGGGUGUGCAUCCUGAGGAGUACUACAAUAGCGGCUGGAGAGGUGAUGGGACAAGCCCACCAUUCGUUGCACAUUUCUGUGGCUGUGAGCUGUGUUGGACAGAAAAUGACAACACGGACAAGUGCCUGGCUGAGUUUAUUCGUAUUUUUAAUUUCGCGGAUGAUCAGGUAAUUGGACGACUUGGAAUGAGGCAUCAGAACCUCAGCACACCGGUUGUUGCCAAGGUUGAAGAUCCGCUCUGGUACAAGCGAAGAGCCCAUGUUGACGGUGAACGAGAAGUAUACAUAAGGUAGCGGUUCUGUUGCCGGGCCAUCAACUCCCGAGUCUGUGGAUGCGCGUUUACAGAGUUUUUUGGGGGACAUGUUUCAACAGCAGGUGAAGCACCUGUACAUCAUUCCAGUCGUCAUUGUUAGACUGUUUUUGGCAGGUUGCCAGCUAUUUGUAAUCAGAAGAUUCGGAACAAUAAACUGGUGGGUGGGUGGAAUCCGCAUCGCAUCAUGUGGUGUCACUGAUGGUUUGUUGACAUGCAUUGAGACUUCGCUGUCACCCUCCUUCGGCGAAGUACAAACUGCAUGUGAUUGAUGCCAUGGUUUGAUUGGUUGACCUUCUGGUUGUCUGAACUGGCACACAGUUGUCUGUACCGUACACGGCUUUAAUAAAGAGUUUGGCGGUUCUACUUUGAGCUUGUUUUUCACGAUAGCGUGUAUUUUUUUUUUUUGUGUGUGUGUGGAAUUUGUGGGUAACUAUCCCGAUCUUCCACCCGGCAAUUGCACCCCUGGCAUGAUGAGAUAGAUAUUGGUUUCGUAAUAUUUGUUUUGAAAAUGUGAGGUGGUUGUCAGCAGAGCUUCUCCAUCUGAUCUUUUACAUAGAACCGCAGGUGCAAUAACCACGUCAGUGGAACAGCAGGUGGCGGUCAGCGGAACGGCAGGUGCGAUAACGCGGUCAAAAAGGAAAUGUUGCAGGAAGCCACUUCAAAGAGGGGAUGCAGGGCCACAUAAGAAAAUGUGAUAUGCAUAAGUCUGCAGCAAGGUCUCCAUAUCUUCGUAGGCAUAUGAUUGUCUUCACAGAGGACUGGACUCGCGGUGAAUUUUAUGUGUUGAAGACGCAAGCGGCAUGGAGAAGAAACAUUUGCUGGAGUGUCUUCCCAGUUUGCAGCAGGAAAAUAGGGUUGGCUAACUUGGCUCACCUGGAUUAAGGAGGGGGUCAUGAACUAAUUACUAUUUGCCAACCCGUAGUUCAUGGAAAGGAAGGGACAAAUAAGGAAAAGAUCGAUGGAAAGCUGAAUUUCCAGUGAGAUCUGCUUGGGAAAAGGCAAGGGGUGGUAUCAUUAUGCUGUCAUGAUGUGUCGUCAGAAAACUCAGGUGUGCACUUGCAGCUAGACGACUGGCGGUAAUGUUACGUGAGGCACGCAGCUGGCAUGUGAGGCAUGUGGCUGGCAUGCGAGGCACGCGGAUGGCAUGUCCCUGAGCGAGGGAGUGGGCAACCUCUUGCAAGGUGGUUUGAUUGGUGGGUGGUUGUGGGUCAUGUGAGAGUGCCGGUGCGCACUUUGUUGUGUGGGUCAUGUGAGAGUGCUGGUGCGCACUUUGUUGUGAUGGUUUUAACUAUUACGUCGUCGGGCAGAGGUCAUGAGAAUCGGUGCAAUCUUCAGAGUGACUAAUUAGUAAUUAUGUGCUUGCAACUGUGUCGCAUACUCCCAAGAAGAGACGAUCACCAGUAAUGCAACAGUUUUAACGCCAUUGUAACAUGGUGAAAGAGAUUACAUGGAAACUACUGCCAUCUGGGCCGAUAGACUGUGGAGUUGGUCCCAUGCAGUUCGACACGAUGGAACUCUGUGAGACACAGCGUGUACAUGCGGCUAGAAAUGAGACCGACCAUCGAAGUACAUCUCUUACGAGGAGUUUCUUUCAUACGUCAAGGGCUGGUAAGGUUUUGCGCAUUGUAUCGAAUUAAACCACAUGCUCCACCACUUGUGCAGGGCCCUGUCAAUUCCUCUGAGUUUCAGCCUUGAGUACGAUGAGAUUGCAUGGCAGAGCGCCUGGCUCAGUUGGUACACCCAUAAACUGUUGAAGGAAACGGAUGGACAGCCAUUGCGCACAGGCAAAGGUUGGGCCAUGAUCGUCCUGUUGGAAGCGUCGAGCAUAGUGGUAGGGGGUACUUCAUGUGUUGCAGAUUUGAGCGGCUUCCUGAACAUGCAGUCAGUGCUUGUUUUACGUGUAGAAGACAACUGGGUUGCUCUGCAUGUAGAGGGUGUCUCGCUGGGUAUUUAGUUUUUGUGUUGAAGACACGAGCGGCUUUUCGGAAUAAGUACCGUGGGUAUUUGAGCUUCUAACCUGCUGGAGAUCGUGAGUGCCACGAGGAACACGUAGUGGGCGGGUGUUUCAUCACUGCAGUUCGACAACUUAACGUGUCGAAGACAACUGGGUUGCUCUGCAUGUAGAGGGUGUCUUGCUGGGUAUGAAGUCGGUGUUUAUUUUAUGUGUUGAAGCCACGAGCCGCUUUGUGGGACGAGUAUCAUGGGCAUUUGAGCUUCCAACCUGCUGGAGAUCGUGAGUGCCGUGAGGAAUAUGUAGUGGGUGGGUGUUUCAAAACUGCAGUUCGGUAACGGACCUUUCUCUUGGAGGAAGGAAAGAUUAAUCUGAUGAUAUUCUUGUGGAGGUCGCAGUUGAUGUAUUCGGUAAUCGUAUGGAUGGUAAAGAGCCAUGUCAUCAUCCUAGGUAAGAGGAUUCUGUUCUGCCUGUUGACUCUUUUGGUCGGUUGCAUUUCCCAGUGCCAAUUUGCAGGCUCUGAUAUCUGUCUAUCUGCCUGCUGGUGCAUUUGGAUGUGGUGACUUUUCCCGAUUGAAUUUGGAUGUGGCAACUUUUCCCGAUUGAAUUUAAUGUGGUGAAUUUUCCUGGUUGAAUUUGAAUUAGGUGACAUUUUCCCGUCAGUACAGGUUUGGAUCUCUUUUGGUAAAUGACCAGUUGCGGAUCUUGUGAAAUGUGCUGAGCAUUCCACAGCUGCGGCGUUUAUGUUCAGUCUGCUGUACAUCAGAACACUAAUAUUUGAAUGCAUGGCCUGAUUGUGUUAUCGGUUCUAUGUAUGUACCAUUCGCUUGGCAACCAUGCACCCAGUCA